GGUGGGACCGCGGGUGGUAGUGAGGGGUCCUUGUGGCUGCAUGAGCACCGCCACACCCAUCAGAGCCAGCUCGUGCACCCGCGACACCUGCCUCAAUGGUGGCAAGUGCCUCAGCACAUCCUCAGGCACUAGGUGCAUCUGUCCUUACGGCACGUGGGGUUCUCGCUGCAAGGUGCUCACCAGGCAUUUUGAGGGCAGCAGAACCGAAAAGAACAGCGCCAGUCCCUUCCCCGCAGGUGCGUGGGCGUGGGUGCCGCCAAUCCCACUUUGUGUAGAGGUACACGUGAGCUUAGAGGUGCUGACCAUGGCGGGGACUGCCGCUCUGCUUUACUCUGGUCCAGAACAGGAAAAUGGGAACGGGUCAAGGAAACGUGACCUGCUGCUGCUGGAGCUUCGUCAGGGACAGCCGGCUCUGCUGCUGGACCUGGGUGGCGGUCCCGUCACCCUCAUCCUCAACUCCUCCUCCUCCCUGGCUGACAACACAUGGCACAGGAUUGACCUCAUCUGGAAGGACGAGCAGGUGGAGAUGAUCGUGGACCUGUGUUUAGGUGACAGUUGGGACGAAACACCUACCUCUUCUUCCGCUGGGAACCGGACGUUAACUCCUAUACUUCCCGAAGCCUAUGUGUGCCGGGCGGCCGCCAGGCUGCCGCGGAACGACCGCAUCCUCAAUUCAAGCGGGGUGCUACAGUUGGGCGGACUGGCGCAACCUGCGACCACCUUUACAGUCGAAGAGAUGGCGCCACUAAAGCCUACCCACUUCCAUGGCUGCAUCAGGAACCUCAGGGUUAACGGAGAGCUAGUGGAUCUGGGGAGCGGCGUUUUAAGCAGAGCCAGCAGUCCGGGAUGUCUUGCCACAGAUUGCCACGCCAACCAUCUCCACUGUGGUCUCCACGGCAGAUGUCAGGGAUCACCGGGGUCCCUGCGAUGUGAAUGCCAGCCAGGGUGGGGCGGCCCGGGCUGUGCCUCGCCCACCACGCCCACCACCUUUCUCCCCAACAGCUAUGUCAAGCUGGCCCUCUCCUUCUCACCGCUGGCCUACACCACCUCCAUCACCCUCAGGUUCCGCACCCUGAGGAGGAGAGGCGAGCUGGUAGUGCUGUCAUCGCAGCACGGCCGGGACAGCUGGUCGGUACAGCUGGUAGGCGGCCGCCUGUGUGUGGUGCUGCACCUUCAGCCAAGACCACCGUCCACGCUGUGCCUGUCGCGGGCCGCCCUCACAGAUGGUCACUGGCACUCCCUCAUUGCUACAAGGUACGGCUCGGCAACAUUCCUAGAAGUAGACGACGGGGACGGCGACCUGUACAACGCCUCGCUGGUGCUGGAAGGAGAGCAGCUGCUGAAUGUGGACAAGCAGGAGGGCGUCCGCGUGGGCGGGUCUCCAUACUUUCAGGACACGGGAGUUCUUAAAAUCAACAACGAUUAUUUUGACGGCUGCAUCGAUGACCUGCGCAUCUCGAGCCGAAGCGCAUCACUUCCGCCAGCUGUAAACAGCACACCCUGGAGCCAGGCUAGCGCCUUCACAGGUGUGGAGCAAGGCUGUGUCGCACCGUCGGCCUGUGCCAACGUUUCCUGCAGAUCCCCGCUGUCCUGUAUCGAUACCUGGAGAUCCUACCACUGUGGGUGUGGGGAGGGCCGUGUGCUGAGUAGGGACCGCUUGAGGUGUGAGGACAAGAACGAAUGUGCAUGGCAACCUUGCCUUAGCGGCGGCUCAUGCUUCAACACUCAGCCAGCAAAUGGACACUCAGGCUAUGUGUGCUCUUGCCCGGCGGGGUUCAGUGGACAGCACUGCCAACUGCCUGACGUGAGCCAGACCUCCCUCAAGAUGCCCGUGGGCGUCCUGGUCACCAUCGUCGUGUGGUGCAUCUUCCUUAUCUUGCUGGUGUGUGCAUUCCUGCUCCAUCAACAUCACCGCCGCACCGCGUUGCGCAGGGGCAUGGCGGAUGCCAAGGAUACCACCGGGGACUGUAAGGGCAAAGUGUCCCCACUUUGCAGGCAUACACCCAACCUACUCGAGUUGCAGGUGCAGAAGCCACCAAGACCCAGCAGUCAGCCCACCUGGGCCAGGAAUCCCAACAUUGCAGAAGUGGACGUCUUACAAGUGGACGCAAUAGUGAUGCCGAGCAACGAAGAAAGCGUUCUCGCCUCCCCGUUCUACCAGCGAAAAAGCUGUGAAGUCCCUGCGGCCACCAUGGGGGGUCGUGACUCUCCCAGCAGUAUAUCACAGGAAAGGAGCGACUUGCAGAUCUACGAAUGUGAAGGGGAACACUCUUCUCCUCGAUUAAUCAUCUCUCUUCCUGAAGUUGUGUCCUCGCAAAGAUCGUCACUGUCUUGAAGUUUCAUUCAGUCUCACCUGCUGGAUAGUGGGCGGUGCAGGUUGGCUCAAGUGAAUGAAGAAACAUGAGAUGAUCUGUUACACGCACUACAUUGAAGAGACCGUAACUGUCGAUUCCGUCCAUUAUGACGACCACGAGGGGUCCACCAUACCCAACACUGGGCUUGUUUCAGGAUAGUCUGGUGUGACUGAUGAUGCAGUACUGCCGUCUGCAAGACACUCACGAGACACUCAGCGAAGAGGACAACGUGCUGAAUGACAGCCAACCGCCAGAGUGGACUGUAUGGUUCCUGAAUCAGAAAAUACUCAGGAGAUCACUUCUCUCACUUCAUACUUCGCUGUCACAAUUAUUCAAUAUUUCACCUAUAUGAUGAAUUCGGAAAAACAUUCAAACUGACAAAUUAAAUCUCUUUAGCAGUAGCUCUCCUACUUUUUAGUUACAUAAAUAUUAUCAUCAUCUAAAUCUUCUGAAGGUAUGGCCACUUUUAUCGUUGUGAACUCUGAAAAAAAAAAAAUGUAGGACAGAAUAUGUUCGAUUUGCAGAUAAAGAGAUAAGAAAAAAUAAGACACUUUGUCUUACUCAAUA